CACCAUUUGGUAAACUAGGCCUGAACACUAAUGCUCAGAAUGCCACAAGCAACACUGCUGGGAUCAAGUGCAGUUGUAGCUCUUCUGAAACUACAGAGCAGAGGGCAUAAAAUUUAUUUAUGUUCUGGGUUGAAUUCACAAUUCUUGGAUCAGCUUCCCCAGACAUCCAGACUGCCUCUACCUCUCCUUCAAGUCAGAUGUUGUCACAGGUUCAUGGCUUCACAAUCUAAUGUUAUUCCAAGACCCAUCAUCUCUCCGAGCCUCUGCAAUUACCACUUCACCAGAUCACAUGGAGUUUCUUGUCCCUCAUAUGAUACUCGCCGCAGUAUUUGGACCAGCAAAGUUAUUAAUACUAAUAAAUCCUCAGAUACAAAUCUACUACCAAACAAUGGGAAUACAAAUCCAAUACCAGAAACUCAAUCAUCUCAGUUAGAACCUUCAAUUGAUGCCGAAUCACCCCGUGUUUCAAUAGCAGAGAGUGGCAGCAUUGAUGGAACAAAAUUAAGUGAUGAGGUGCCUAGUCCAGUGUCAACUGCAGCAAGACUAAAGGAUGCUGUCAUUAAGCGAGUGAUGCCUCGACCAAAGGAGAAGCAGAGCCUGGUGUCAACAGAACGCAACUUUAUAACAGCUGUAAGAGCCAUGUCAGAGUUCCUGCUCACACCAGCAGACUUGCAAGGGAUAAGGAACACUAAGAGGAGGUCGCCCUUUGACAACCAGCCUCGUAUUACUGUGUACUGGAUGAAAGAUGUUGAGAAAAAAGCCCUUGAAAGGUGGGGCUCCCUUGAGGCCAUCGAGAAGGAAAAAUUGAAGCGUGAAGAAUCUCAAAGGCAAAGGAAAAAUUUGUUCAACUUGCGUCGGCUGCUGCAGGAAAUAAAGCUGCAGCAGCCCCCAACACCAGCCUCGUCCGCCGGUCCUGAGCUCGGCAGCAGGACGCCCAACAAGGAACUCAACGACCAACUUCACGCCUCGGGCCGAGUCGUCUACACGGCCGUCACCAUCAACGGCAUCAACUGCCUCCUCAAGUUCGGGGCGUGGAUGUACACGGGGUCGGCGUGUCUCUUUGCCGAGGCGCUGCACUCUUUUGCGGACACCUCCAACCAGCUGAUCCUGGCCUACGGCAUACACAAGAGCAUGCAGCGAGCCAACCCUGAGCAUCCGUACGGCUUCAGCAACAUGCCCUACGUGUCAUCUCUCAUCUCAGGCGCCAUGAUCUUCUGCCUGGGUGCGGGGGUGUCCGUCUAUCACGGCAUCGCGGGCCUCAUGAGUCCCCCUGAAGUGGUACCUCUGUACUGGGCCUUUUGCAUCCUGGGUGGGUCGCUCGUGACUGAAGGCGGAACUCUCAUAAUGGCCGUACACGCUAUAAGGAAAGGAGCUCGUCAGCAAAAUAUGUCCUUCAAAGAUUACGUUCUGAAUGGCGAGGACCCGAGCGUGAACGUGGUGCUGAUGGAGGACACGGCAGCCGUGGUGGGCGUGGGCGUGGCGCUGACCUGCCUCUCACUCACCUCCGUGCUCGGCACCACCACACCUGACGCCUUCGGUUCCUGCAUCAUCGGUGGCCUCUUGGGCCUCGUCGCGGCCUUCAUCAUUCGCAGCAACAUCGGCCCACUAGUUGGCAGGUCAAUUCCUCAGCGAGAGCUGCUGCACAUGAACAGGAUCAUGGAGCAGGACGUGAUGGUGCGGGCGCUGCACGACGUCAAAGGCAUCGACAUGGGCACGGGCCUGGUGCGCUACAAGGCAGAGGUCGACUUCGAUGGUCGUGAGCUCACCAGAGCCUUCAUUGAGAAGCAGUCCUUUGAGACCUUGAUGAUGGAGUUGGACAGUUGCAGCACGCCUGAAGAAAAGCGGACAUUUCUUCUGAACUUCGGGGAGAACGUCGUGGAUACACUGGGUGCUGAGAUUGACAGGAUAGAGCAAAGUCUUAAGAAAGCCCAUCCUGAGGUGCGGCACUGCGAUCUCGAAAUUUUGUAGUCAGCUACUCUUAUUUUGGUUCUAUUUAAACUAUUCCGGUUGUAUAUAAGAGAUUAUUUAUCAAUAUUAUUUACUUAUAGGCUUAAAACGACGCUUUUGUUCGUAGUGAUAAUGAUAAAUGAAGUUUAUUUGGUAGCUAUUUAUCUUCCUCUAAACAUUAGAUUGUGUUCAAACGUAGAGGAAUUUAAGAGCUGAAUUGAUGCGAAUUCAUCUUUUUCUGCUUUAUUUCAUCAUCUCGCCGCUCUAUAAAUUGUUAUGCAUUUUUAUCUAUUUAAAAUCCAGAUGUAUUUACUUGUGUAGCUCCUAAAAUCGUUUAGUGACCUCCGAAUAGUGAAUUUCUGCACUGUUUUCUAAGAUGCGAGACGUGAUUAUUUAGCCUCUACAUUUUGCCUACCUAGCCCAGUUUUUCAAUCGCAAUUCGGUCUUCAAGGAACAUUUUCACUUUAUGAUGUGAGAGGGAACAAUUUGUUUAUUUUGACCUAGACAUUAAAACUUUCCACAUUAUUGUUGCUGGUGAUAGUAUUGCAGCUUGUUAAUUCGUCAUCGUAGAACAUUGAUGUUUGGAUAAGAACUAUCUAGCCUAUCAAAUUAUUCAAUUGUAGAUCAUGUUAACGUUGAAUUUUUCUUCUGUAUGAUGUUAAUAUUCAACUUUGUCUUCAUUAUUGUUCUAUUAUAUCGUGAUGUUAUGCGUAGAAAAUAUGAUUACUUUCAAAAUCAACAGUUGGAAACUUACCCUUUUUGUAUGUGUUCUCCCUCAAGGGAAAUCUAUGAAGGAAUGAGACGAAAAAUAUCUAGACACAUAGAUGCUAUUAAGCUCAUGUUAUAU